AUGUUACCGACGGAUCUGCAGUGCCAUUAUCCAAAUUGGCCCAACCACUUGAAGAAUCCCGUCGGCCUCCCACAUAAUAACAUUUUCUUCGCCCCACACGCCAAGAUGCAUUUCUCCGUCAUCGCCCUCCUCUCCCUCUCCGCCCUCGCUCUUGCGGCGCCGCAGGCCAACGUUGCGCCUACGUGCGGCAGAGAUAGCGACUGCACCAGCUUCUGCAGCGGAGGACCAUGCACGAAGCCGUUCUGCGGACUGUCUGCUUUUGGUGACGACCGCUGCUUCUGUGGAGGAUGCUAA